CGCGGGCGGCGCCGGGAGGCAGCUGACAGGCGUCUGCGCCUUCGCUUCAUGGCCGCCCUCCCGCCCCGCCUGGGCUCUGUGGGGAGUGGGGGAGCCCGCGGCGGCCGGGAGCCAGAGCUGGCGAGCCGAGCAGGGGGCAGUGCGCGGCGCCGCUGAGGCGCAGCAUGUGAAGAGGAGACGGCUUCCAGUGCGAGGCGAGCCUCUCAGCCGGCCGGGAUGGCUACGACGGCCGAGCUCUUCGAGGAGCCUUUUGUGGCAGAUGAGUAUAUUGAAAGACUUGUGUGGAGAACCCCAGGAGGAGGCUCUAGAGGGGGACCUGAAGCUUUUGAUCCCAAAAGGUUAUUAGAAGAAUUUGUAAAUCAUAUUCAAGAACUCCAGAUAAUGGAUGAAAGGAUUCAAAGGAAAGUAGAGAAACUAGAGCAACAGUGUCAGAAAGAAGCCAAGGAAUUUGCCAAGAAGGUACAAGAGCUCCAGAAAAGCAAUCAGGUUGCCUUCCAACAUUUCCAAGAACUAGAUGAGCACAUCAGCUAUGUAGCAACCAAGGUCUGUCACCUUGGAGACCAGUUGGAAGGGGUAAACACACCUAGACAACGGGCAGUGGAGGCUCAGAAAUUGAUGAAAUACUUCAACGAGUUUCUAGAUGGAGAAUUGAAAUCUGAUGUUUUUACAAAUUCUGAAAAGAUAAAGGAGGCAGCAGACAUCAUUCAGAAGUUGCACCUAAUCGCCCAAGAGUUACCUUUUGACAGAUUUUCAGAAGUAAAAUCCAAAAUUGCGAGUAAAUACCAUGAUUUAGAAUGCCAACUGAUUCAGGAGUUUACCAGUGCUCAAAGAAGAGGUGAAAUCUCCAGAAUGCGAGAAGUAGCAGCAGUUUUGCUUCAUUUUAAGGGUUAUUCCCAUUGUGUUGAUGUUUAUAUAAAGCAGUGCCAGGAGGGUGCUUACUUGAGAAAUGAUAUAUUUGAAGAUGCAGCAAUACUCUGUCAACGGGUAAACAAACAAGUUGGAGAUAUCUUUAGUAAUCCAGAAACAGUACUGGCUAAACUUAUUCAAAAUGUAUUUGAAAUCAAACUACAGAGUUUUGUGAAAGACCAGUUAGAAGAAUGUAGGAAGUCUGAUGCAGAGCAGUAUCUCAAAAAUCUCUAUGAUUUAUAUACAAGAACCACAAAUCUUUCCAGCAAGUUGAUGGAGUUUAACUUAGGUACUGAUAAACAGACUUUCUUGUCUAAGCUUAUCAAAUCCAUUUUCAUUUCCUAUUUGGAGAACUACAUUGAGGUAGAGACUGGAUAUUUGAAAAGCAGAAGUGCUAUGAUCCUACAGCGCUAUUAUGAUUCAAAAAACCAUCAAAAGAGAUCCAUUGGCACAGGAGGUAUUCAAGAUUUGAAAGAGAGAAUUAGACAACGUACUAACUUACCACUGGGGCCAAGUAUCGAUACUCAUGGGGAAACUUUCCUAUCUCAAGAAGUGGUGGUUAAUCUUUUACAAGAAACCAAACAAGCCUUUGAAAGAUGUCAUAGGCUUUCUGAUCCUUCUGAUUUACCAAGGAAUGCCUUUAGAAUUUUUACCAUUCUUGUGGAAUUUUUAUGUAUUGAGCAUAUCGAUUAUGCUUUGGAAACAGGACUUGCUGGAAUUCCUUCUUCAGAUUCUAGGAAUGCAAAUCUCUAUUUUUUGGAUGUUGUGCAACAGGCCAAUACUAUUUUUCAUCUUUUUGACAAGCAGUUUAAUGAUCACCUUAUGCCACUAAUAAGCUCUUCUCCUAAGUUAUCUGAAUGCCUUCAGAAGAAAAAAGAAAUAAUUGAACAAAUGGAGAUGAAAUUGGAUACUGGCAUUGAUAGGACGUUAAAUUGUAUGAUUGGACAGAUGAAGCAUAUCUUGGCUGCAGAACAAAAGAAAACAGAUUUUAAGCCAGAAGAUGAAAACAAUGUUUUGAUUCAAUAUACUAAUGCCUGUGUUAAAGUCUGUGCUUACGUGAGAAAGCAAGUGGAAAAGAUUAAAAAUUCCAUGGAUGGGAAGAAUGUGGAUACAGUUUUGAUGGAACUUGGCGUACGUUUUCAUCGACUUAUUUAUGAGCAUCUUCAACAAUAUUCCUACAGUUGUAUGGGUGGCAUGUUAGCAAUUUGUGAUGUAGCUGAAUAUAGGAAGUGUGCCAAAGACUUCAAGAUCCCACUGGUAUUACAGCUUUUUGAUACUCUGCAUGCACUUUGCAAUCUUCUGGUAGUCGCCCCAGAUAAUUUAAAGCAAGUCUGCUCAGGAGAACAACUUGCUAAUCUGGACAAAAACAUUCUUCACUCCUUCGUACAACUUCGUGCUGACUAUAGAUCUGCCCGCCUUGCUCGACAUUUCAGCUGAGGUUGAAUUUACAAGGGAAACAUGUUGUACUUCAGCAGGUCUUCGUUGACUGAAAGCACAGGAGAUUUCUUACGACACAGCCAACAUUUUAUGGAAAAAUGACUGUUUGGAAAAACAGCAGCCAUACUUACCCUUGAGAUUUUAUUUGAAAUUUGGACACUACCCGGCCAUAUUUUGCUUUUUUCCCCUUAAGUUAAAUUUUAAUUCCAUUCUUGAAUUUAACAAAUUUCAAAUUCUAAAUUUCAAAUUAUGUGAAACUACGUGUCACUCUUUUCAUCCUGGAAAAUGCUGGUGUCAGAAAACAAAUGAGAUGUUAUCACUGUUCCAGUUCAUGUUCUUUGACAUACUCCAUUGGGAAGUUUCACCAUCCUAUUUUGCAUUGAUGGUAAAAUACAGCAAAACUGCAUUUAUUAUUUACCAAUUUUUAAUGACCUUUUCAGCACUUGGUAAUUGUUAACCAAUUGUUAUUUUAGGUUUUCUUAGAGAACUUUUGCCUCUUUCAAAAGGUUAACAACUGAGCAUAAUUUCUGUAGUUUGUUAAUUGGAUUUUUCCCUGAGGUACAACAGUAGUAUUCCAAGAAAAAUGUUAUAAACUGAACUAAUAUGAUGAAAUGUUUUAUGUAGAUAUUAGGAGUGGAUCAGAAUACAUCUGCUUUCUGGGUAAAAAAACUUAAAGUUUACUAUUUCUUAUUUCAUAAACAUUUUAAGCCAAUGCUAGCAAGAAAUUAAUAAGUCUACCUUAUUUUAUAUUUCACUUAAGGUAAGGUGGAGGACCUUAACUGAAGGACCAUAUUUAUUCAUUAUUUUAAUAUUAUAAGGGAAGUAAAGUUGAGGUAUAGUCUAAAUGGUGAAUAUGAGAAAUAUUGACAGUGUUUAGCAACAAUGCAGCCCUUUAAGAUUACUUUCUUAAUACUAAACUGGAAUAAGAUGGGAUGGCUGAACACUGGUAAUCUAUUUUAAGGGGAAUCAGUAAUUGAUAGAUAGCAUUAUAUAUUCUAAGUCUGGAGACAAGCUUUGUGAAGACUGAUUGCUUUUCAGAUCUAUAGUUUCUGUCAUUAUCUUUUUCAAGGCAUUUCUGAAGCAAUUCUUGAAUGGAGUUAACUGAAUUGGCUUAAUAUGGUGACAUAAUAAAUCACUUAUAAAAUUUUAAACGUCAAGUGGAAAUUUAGCAAGGCUAUUUACUCUACAAUCUCUCUAAACUUGCUCUGCAAGAAUUCAUUCUUAUCUGUGUGUAGUAUUUCAGUUCCCUUUGUGGUGUUCGAAAUCUUCUAAGAACAGAUAAACUUUAAUGUUCAGCUCAUUCUUGGCAUUUUUUUCCUUUAAUGUAGGCUUUUUGGCCUAAUUUUGGCAAACUACUUUUCUUUUAAGACUAUGUUUCUGAAUAGUCAUCAAUCUUACCAAAACUUCCAGAUCCAGCACUACCUACUGUUUAAGUUACUAUUGACUGAAUUUUCUUAAUUUUCUGUUUAGCCCAGUGUUAUCAAGGUAAGCAAAAGAAACAAAGUAUGCCAACUUUUAUCAAAGCAUUUUAGAAAAUUGUGGCAACUUUAGAAAGCUGUCUAGUUUUCUAUUCCCUAGCCAAGGGGAGAGCCAGAACAGAUUUUGGAUAAUAGAGAAAGUCAUAUGCUUGUACUAUUGCCAUUUUAGAAAGCUCUGAUGUGAAUUCAAAUUAUACCUCUGUUACUUAAAGCCAACAAUUUUAAAGCAGUAGUUUUACUGGCCAUUUGAACUCUUUGUACAGUGUCAAUUUGUAUAAAAAAAAAAAAAAAGAGAGAAAGAGAAAACAAAAUCUUAAAUAAAACACGAGAGAACAUUUUAAGACUUCCAAAUCAGAGAAGUGCUUCAAAUUAUUUUGUUUGGAUUAAUUUUUUUAAAUGUAAAACAUAAACAUGUUGCUUAAAUAUUUUGUUAAUUAUUAUUUCCAUGCUUGAAUUUUGUGCAAUAUUUUCCAUUAUGUCCAUUGACCAAGGCAGUACAAAGAAAACUCAUAAGUGAAUACUUAAUUUAGAAGUGUUAACAUUAAUGCUUAAUAAACAAAUUCCCUGCAAUUGUUUUUUUAUUUCACUCCAUUUUUUACAUCUUAAGGAUAUCCAUACUUAAUUUUCUAAAUUAUUGCUAUUUAAGUUUUUAAGAUGUUCCUUAUUUUUUAUAGGUCUUCUCACCUCCUUUUUUUUUUUAGAAGAAAAAUACUUUUUUUUCUAAGAUUAGAAAUUUAACUGAUUAUCUUUCUUUAAAAAAUUUUGUUCUAUAAAGCCCUGUGCAUUCCUUGCAUUCUUUUUAUUCCAAUUUUUAAAGCAUUUUUUAUAUUUAUGGCCACUAUAAAAUUUUGCCCACAAUUUAUGACUCAAAAAAGAUGAUCAAUAAGUAAGAUGUUUUUCAAAUGCACAUGAUAAAAUUUUAAGUAGCAAUAAUGGAACUUUCUAUAUUAGUAACAUUAGACAACAUUUGAUUAAAGAGAAUCCUUACAGUUUUCUGCAUUUCUACAGGAGCUAACAGACAAUAUCUAUGUAAUGUUUUGAAGUGGAAAAUAUGCUCCAAAACACUGCAAAUUAUUUUUCUGAAACUUAAGUAUAUUAUGUU